UUUUUGCUGACGUACACUACAAUUGACAGAGGAUGUGGCGCUCUGGUCUCGUGCGCUCUCUAUCGAGGCGCUACAGCCGCGCGUUCUCUGUGGUGUCUAGCUCGUCAAACUCUGUGGUGUCUACUCCAUCGUUCGGUAUCGCAUUUGACAUCGAUGGCGUCUUGAUCCGUGGCGGCCACAAACUGCCCAAGGCGAAGCGAGUGCUGCAGAGUCUGCGUGCGAACAACGUACCGCAUAUUUUUCUGACUAAUGGCGGUGGCUGCAUGGAGGAGAAGAAGGCCGAGAAUCUCAGCAACAUUCUGGACUUGCCCAUCAACCCGGAGCACAUGAUCCUCUCACACACGCCCAUGCGUGAGAUUGCCAAGACCUACGGAGACAAGCGAGUGCUCAUUAUGGGCUCUCAUGAUGUUUGGCACGUGGCCAAGUGCUACGGCUUCAAGAAGGUCGUAAGCGUGGAGGACCUGUUGCAUCACCACCCGACCCAGUAUCCUUUCAUUCACUACGAGCAAAGGCCGGCACCGCACCACGAGGAGCCCAUUGACGCUAUCAUUGUGAUGCACGAUCCGAUCAACUGGGCGCCUGACAUUCAGGUCGCAGUGGAUGUGCUUAUUGGAGGUGACCCUCCUGGAAGCGGUCGUCCGUCGGGCAAACAGACGCCAUUGUUCGUAAGCAACGACGACUUUGUCUUCAGUGGUGCAUAUCCGUUUCCUAGAUUCGCCCAAGGAGCUUUUACGAGAUGCUUGAAGCUGCUGUAUGAAGACCUGACUGGCCGCAAGUUGGAGGUCACGAACUACGGCAAGCCUCACAUUAUCACGUACAACUACGCGGAACGUCUGCUCAACACGAUCUCAGGGCAGUCCGAACCGCUCAAACACAUGUACGGUAUCGGCGACAACCCGUUGUCCGACAUUCAGGGAGCUAAUAACGCUGGUGACGAGUGGACGUCCAUUCUUGUUCGCACGGGGAUUUAUGAUGGCUCCAAGGACCCUGAGCACGAACCCGAUGUAACCGUUGACGACGUGUACGAAGCCAUCAAGCAUAUCUACAAGCGUGAGGGCAUCAACGACUCCACGCUGUAAAACAGUGCAGACAUGUCCAUAAAGCAGCUAGAACUGUAUCAACCAUUCUAGAUAAUAGAAAUUUGCUUUUCGCGCAG